UUUUCCGAGUGGGAGGUGGAAUCUGCGCAGUAGGCCGAGACUCGCGGAGCUGCAACCAUGGUAGAAAAGACGGCAAAGGGGAGAAAGGAGGAGGUCGUUACCAGAGAGUACACCAUCAACCUCCACAAGCGCUUGCAUGGAUGCACAUUCAAAAAGAAGGCUCCAAAGGCAAUAAAGGAAAUUAGGAAGUUUGCUCAGAAGGCUAUGGGAACAACCGAUGUGAGGGUGGAUGUCAAGCUUAACAAGCAUGUCUGGAGUGGUGGAAUCCGCAGUGUCCCAAGGAGAAUUCGUGUCCGCGUAGCCCGAAAGAGAAAUGAUGAAGAAGAUGCCAAGGAAGAGUUCUACUCAUUAGUCACUGUUGUAGACAUCCCAAGAGAAGAAUUGAAAGGUUUGGGCACGAAGCUGAUUGAUGAAGAGGAUUAAUCUAUCCAGCCCUUUUAGAUGAUAGUUACUUUCUCUAUUUUUGGCUGUGUUUUUAUUUAAUUGCUGAGGUACAUUUGACUGCUUUGAAUACACCUUUGUUACCUGCGACGACGGGAUUAUGGAAUUUUGUUGGGAUUUUACUAUUGCAGAGCGUUCAAGUUCCACAUUUCCUAUGCUUAUGUUU